CUUGGUCACCUCUGAGGUAGAGGCAUCAUGGUGCUUCUGGCCCUGACACUCCUUGUCGGUACAGUUGCCGUGUUCUCACUGGGCAGUCUGCUCUGGGUGAUCUUCAGACACCUCUGGACGGAACACAUCCCCGAAGGCAUCACUCACCCCAUGAGGCUGCGAAUCCUCAGUUGUCUUCUCCAUCUGUCAAUGACAUGGGGGAUGAUUUUUGAGAAACUGGGACUCUGUUAUGCACCCCAGUUUGCCAGUUUUCUGCAUGAUCUGCAGCCACUCAAGAAAAAUCCCGAUGUUGUGGUCAAAGAUCUUCACUUUGGGACAGCCCCUGUGAAGCUAUACAAGCCCAAGAAACCCUCCUCCACCCCAAGGACUGGAAUCAUUUUCUUCCAUGGUGGUGGGACCAUCCUGGGGAGCUUGAAGACCCACCACAACAUAUGCUUGUGUUUGUCCAAGGACUGUGACUCUGUUGUUCUUUCAGUUGGAUACAGAAAAUCUCCCAUGUACAAGUACCCAGCGAUGAAAGAGGACUGUAUAGAAGCAACCACCCACUUUAUGGAAUCACUGGAUGUGUACGGAGUGGAUCCAGCUCGUGUGAUGGUCUGUGGUGACAGUAUAGGAGGAACUGCAGCCACUGUGACUUGUCAAAUGUUAGUGCACCGAACAGAUCUCCCCACAAUCCGGGCUCAGAUUUUGAUCUACCCCUCACUGCAAUUGAUAGAUUUUGGGAGCCCUUCUUAUCAACAGAAUAGCAACAUCCCACUGCUCUCUUGGGAUCUGGCCUUCUACUGUUUCUGUUGCCACCUAGAUGUGAACCCUUCCUGGAAAAGUGUCAUAAAGAAAGGUAUGCAUUUGCCUCUGGAAGUCUGGGAGAAGUACAGAAAGUGGUUGGGUGCAGAAAACAUUCCAGAGAGGUUUAAGAAACGAGGCUAUCAACCUAUAAUCCGGAGGCCUGUGAAUAAAGAUGCCUACCAAGAGAUAAAAACUGCACUGAACUAUACCUGCUCACCCCUCAUUGCAGAAGACAGUAUAGUGUCUCAGCUCCCAGAAGCCUGCAUCGUGAGCUGUGAAUAUGACCUUCUCCGAGACCAUUCUCUCUUAUAUAAGAAGAGGCUGGAAGAUCUGGGGGUGCCUGUGACAUGGCAUCAUAUGGAGGAUGGCUUCCAUGGAGUGCUUAAUACCUUUAACUAUGGAUUAUUAAGCUUCCCUUGCUCCUCGAGAAUUAUGGACCUGGUUAUCCAGUUCAUUAGAAAGUUCUGAUCCUUAUUCCUUCCUGGGGCUGCUCCUCCAACUUAGUCUGGGUUAUAAAAUAAUACAAUGUAUGUUAUUUGUGAUGAAUAGAGAGGAGGCAGAGUAAGAAGGAUGGAGUAAGGCUCUCUGUCUUUGUUCACUGUUGAGGAAAAUAAGAGCUGACCAUCUUCAGCAUUCAUUUGUGAGAAUGAACCUGUGCAUGAAAUUUGUCCAUAAUCCCCUUAGCUGGAAUUCAGGCAGUCAGGGCCGAUUGAAACUGUAUGGUACAUGUAUCUGGUUGAGUUGGUCUUGGAGAAAACAGGUGUGUUGUAUUACAGUCUUACUGAGCUUUGCCAAUGUGACUCAGAAAGUAGAGAUUUGAUGCUGAGUCUGGUGGGGGUUGGUGACAGUCUCUGGGUGCCCAGCUGGCUUAAGUUGAAAGUUAUGAGACACUGGAGACAGAUUUUCCAUGGUACAUGGCUCCUAGAUAGAGACAAGUGAUGACAGCCAAAUAUGCCUGCCUAAAAGAGCUUGGGUGUUCUGGGUAUCAGAGUGAGUUCCCAACAAAUGGCCCUAAAGCAACAUCAUAAAUAUUAAAAGACCAGAAUUAAAGGGAAGCCAAGUUCAAUGAAAUUCAGAGGUAAUUCUAGAGAAAGCCAAGGGAACAGAUGUGUUAUAGUGAACUAUUUGAUCGAAGACAAAGAAUCAGUGCAUUUUGCCCCACAUUGAUAUAAAAUAGACUGGCAUAUGUAGCAGCAAAUUUUAGGUGUAAAUCGGGUGUGGUCUUAUGUAGGGACUCAGAAAAGACUACUGGCUUACCUUCUCUUCAUAUACCCUCUGCCCUUCUCUGCUCCAUGCUGAUGUGUUUAUCUUCAUAUGGUGGCUCUGAACAAUUUCUUGCUAAGGUAUACAAGAUCUAUGUGAACUUGGAUGGAUGUAUCCACUCUCCUCAGCCGUCUCAACAAGAAUUUCACAGCAAUUUACUGUUUCUACUGGUUUUCUGAGCUGUGUGUGGUGGUUACAAACAAGUGAGUAGAAAUUUCCAACUGUUCAGUGCGAAGUCUAUGCUACUCUUGGAGUAGAGUAUGAAACAACCUCCCCUGGUGUUUGGACUGAGUCAGGUUUGGAGACAGGAGAGUAGUGAAUACUUCCCUCAUCAAAGGCUAGAUGUUGGGUGAACAUUAAUAUUCACUCAACUAUGGAAGUGAAAUAAAGGUCCAAAUUAAUCAAGUUUCAUGGAAGUGGCAAGAAGAUGCUAGAACCAUGAUAACCAACUGCCCCUUGGGAGUAAAAAUUCCUUUGAAAGAGAUGGCCAUGUGGUCCUCCUGUCUUCACAAGGAUUUGCCUCUUGCUGACCAGCAGCUUUCAAAGGCCAGCAUCUAAGUCCACUCACAGAGAAACCCAGACUUGCCUUAACUUGUUCUCAAAUGAUUGUGUUGAAAUAUCAUCAGAGAGGAAUACUCAUGGGUGACUUCUUUAGCCAUUCAUAGUUAUCCAGCACAUGGCUUUGGUAGAAAAAUAAGAACUAGCCACUGAAAACAUAUAUUGUAGGAAGUGAUGGAACCCCAGGAGUAUGGCCCUCUCUGAUACAGGCCUCUGAGUUGAACUGAGUAGGUCUGCAGCCUGGAAUGGGUUUUGUGUAAUGUUACUAUAGCCACUGGAGACUGAAGUGGUAUGGACUGAACUUCCACAUAGAUGGGUGCUUGUCUCUUUGACUGGGAGGUGGCAAAACUGAUACACUACUGGAAGACUGUGUCUAGUGGAAAUAGCUGGGGACAUCCCAGGGCUGAGGGUACAUUUUCACAGCUUCUCCCUACUGUAGAUCAAGAUAGAGAAAGAAAGGCCUUUUUCCCCUUAGUAGCUGGCUGGGCUAC